UGCCUACAACGAGUCCCCCUUGGCUCAAUCCGACUUUUCUACGGUAGUCGCAUCGAAUGGGAGCUGUUGCUCUAGCCACGUCGUCUGCUUACCUUUGUCACGAAACGAAUAGCACGCCCUUCUUUAUCGACCUCACCACAGAGCGAGCAAUGCUGCAACCAUGAGCUGCUAUCCGCCGUACCGUGAAUGCAAGACCGCUAUACCUUGCGCAACUCCGCGCUCAUCUCCCUACCUCUUAUGCCACGGCAGUCCCUAGACACCUCCGUUCUUCCCAACAUACUCGAAUCUCUCUGAAGUGUUAGAAGUUUUAGCCAGCAUGGCAUGGAUCAAGUCGCCGCCAACUCUUCGCCGAGUCCCUCGUGUCCUCCAUCGAAACCUGCCUCCUAUCAACUUCAUCACUAUACACUACAUAUACUUUAUUGGAACAUGCCUCCUGUCUGCCCUUAUAUUCUGGGGCGCUUCAACGCCUUCGAAGAGCGUGAGAUUCAUCGACGCGCUGUUCCUGUGUGUUAGUGCUAUGACCUUAGCGGGCUUGAAUACGGUUAACCUCUCUACAUUGAACACCUUCCAGCAAAUCGAGCUGUUCUUCCUGAUAAUGCUUGGUUCUGCGAUAUUCGUAUCAGCAUUCGUAGUUCAUGUUAGGAAGAGAGCGUUCGAACACAAGUUUGCAGCGGUAGUCGAAAAGGACCGGCAGAGACGUGAAAGGGCAAAGAGCUCAGGUCAUAGCAUGUCAAGAUCACUGGUCCGGCGGUUAUCGAUGAGCUUCUCACGAUCUGACAACAGACUUGGUGUUCCGGGGAAGAGCAUACGGGCUUCGGAAAAUCAUGAUUCGAUCACACAAGAGAAGGCCCCAGGUGCAUUGGAUAAUUCUAGUACGCUGGAUAUGGGCUCAAACCUUCAGGCUGAAAAAGAUGGGCUGAGCCCCCAAGCGCAGGAUCAAUCUUCAGCAACGCAGAAUGGUUUGACUCGGCGCUCCUCAGCCGUUCAAACCCUGCCCGGAUCAGUUCAAUCAGCAGCGGAGACCUUCAGAAUGCCUACGACCGCGAGUGAUUCCGGCUCGCCUCUAGACCAUAACAGCAGUUCUAACCCCACUGAAGCAUUUCGGAGGCAGUCUAGAGUGAAUUCGCCCUCCACUUUUGAAGAUGCCAUUACGGAUGAUGCCUCUCCUGACCAUAUUUCUUUUGGGCCAGAUACCCUUUUUAGAACGUUUCCUGCGGACUCAGGUACAUUACGGCAUCACCGCAUCUUGUCCAUGCAGGGAGUGGGUGCCCAUUCGGACGCUAGCAUCAAACUAAGAACGAAUUCUCAAACAAACGUGCACCCAGAUGUUGUUCCAGAGUCAUUUGGAAUUAGGGCAAGAAGAUAUAUCCCAUUUACAUCUUCUGGCCGUCUAUCGCGCAACUCCCAAUUCCAUGGACUUAGCGAAGCACAGAGAGAACACCUAGGCGGCUGCGAAUAUCGAGCAAUCCAACUUCUGUCCUGGGUGGUGCCUCUGUACUUCAUCUUAUUCCAGCUCCUUGGUUGCUUGGGUAUUGGUGCCUAUGUCGCCAACAACAAAGCUAGCGUGACCGAAAGGAACGGACUGAAUCCGUGGUGGGUGGGAAGUUUUAAUGCAGUGUCCGCUUUCAACAAUUCGGGGAUGAGCUUGCUUGAUGCAAAUAUGGUCGCCUUCCAAACAUCCAUCUACAUGCUUAUCACGAUGGGUCUUCUCAUUCUAGCAGGCAAUACCUGCUACCCAAUUUUUCUCAGAUUGAUCGUAUGGGUAUUUUACAAACUGGUCCCGAACGGUGAGAGCUGGAGCGAGACCCGCAAAACACUGAAGUUUUUGUUGGAUCAUCCAAGAAGAUGCUACACGAAUCUUUUUCCUGCGCAACACACUUGGUGGUUGCUCGUCUCCGUCGUCGCGUUGAAUGGGAUCGAUUGGCUCGCUUUUGAAGUUUUGAAUAUUGGCAACGACGCUAUUACCUCGCUCCCGGCCGGAAUGGAGGUCAUCGAUGGACUCUUCCAAGCCCUCGCAGUCCGUAGCGGUGGCUUCUACGUGGUGCCUAUUCCGAACGUCCGCAUCAGUUUGCAAGUUCUUUACGUUGUGAUGAUGUACAUAAGCGUGUACCCAGUUGUAAUUACAAUGCGAAACUCUAAUGUAUAUGAAGAGCGCAGCCUGGGUAUUUACUCCGACGAUCCUGGAUAUGACGCUGUCAUCGCGUCCUCAUCCUUCUUCAGCAAACUUCGCCGCACCAUUACCGGAAAGCGUUGGGAGCAAAGAACCUCAUAUUUCGUGCGACAGCAGCUCCGCGCCCAGCUCGCGCACGACGCGUGGUGGAUCGUACUCGCCAUCUUCCUGAUCAUGAUCAUCGAGGGCUCUCAGUUCGAACGCAAUCCGGCCAUAUUCAGCGUCUUCAAUGUCAUUUUUGAAGUUGUCUCGGGCUACGGCUGCGUGGGUAUUUCUGUCGGCUUGCCGAAUGAGGCGUAUAGUUUCUGUGGUAGCUGGCAUACACUCAGCAAACUCAUCCUUUGUGCUGUCAUGCUUAGAGGGAGACACAGGGGAUUGCCCGUCGCGAUUGAUAAGGCAGUUCUUUUGCCUGGAGAAGGACUCCAUCAGGCGGAGGAGGAGGAUGCCCAGAUACGGAUGGAGAGGACAAUUAGCCGGGGAACAGCUGUUUGAGCUGUCACCGAGCCUACUGUGUCUCUUUGGAAAAUUCUUUGCAUAACCUUCGGGAAUUAUACGGUGUUGAACGGCACGUUGUCUCUAUAUUAGUAGAUCGUUCGCUACCAAUUUUGUAUGACAUGAAGCUGUUAUUUGAGUCUUUUUGCAUGAUGCGUGACUGUUCAGUUUUUCUGGUAGCUUCAGAGAAGUUUGAGAUGGUCGGGGCUGCUUGGCUGGUUUCUGGUUGUUGUUUUGAUGGGAGAUACGGGUUUGAUGUUGGAGAUGUUGGAGGUGUUGGACC